AUGUGACGUCAUCAGGGACGCUGGCGCGCGGGAUUUAAACUACGGCGGUUUGUGAAUUCGGAGGUUUAGCAGAGUUGUGAUUUCUUGGCGUUUUCGCAUUUUUCUUCCUGGAGGACCUCCGAAUGCCCAUGGAGUCAUCGCUUCCGGCGCGCCUGUUUCCCGGUCUCACCAUCAAGAUCCAACGCAGUAAUGGCUUGAUACACAGUGCCGUCAUAAGGACUGUGAGCUUGGAGAAAUCUUGCAUUUCAGUGGAGUGGACAGAAGGAGGUACCACAAAGGGCAAAGAGAUUGAUUUUGAUGAUGUGGCUGCAAUAAACCCAGAACUCUUACAGCUUCUUCCCUUACACCCGAAGGACAAUCUGCCCCUGCAGGAAAAUGUAACAGUCCAGAAACAAAAACGCAGAUCAGUCAACUCCAAAAUUCCUGCUCCAAAAGAAGGUCUUCGAAGCCGCUCCACUCGCAUGUCCACUGUCUCAGAGGUUUGCAUCGCCGCUCAGGAGAAUGACAUGGAAGUGGAGCUUCCUGUGUCUGCAAACUCUCGCAAGCAGUUUUCAGCUCCUGCUGGCCCCCCUAGGCCCUCCUGCCCUGCAGUGGCUGAAAUACCAUUGACGAUGGUCAGCGAGGAGGUGGAAGAGCAGGUGCAUUCCAACCGAGGCAGCUCCUCUGCAAACACUGUGAACCCAGUUCGACGGAAAUCAUGUCUUGUGAAGGAAAUGGAAAGAAUGAAGAACAAGCGAGAAGAGAAGAGGGCCCAGAACUCUGAAAUGAGAAUAAAGCGGGCACAGGAGUACGAUACCAGCUUUCCAAACUGGGAAUUUGCCCGGAUGAUUAAAGAAUUUCGGGCUACUUUGGAAUGUCAUCCACUUACUGUGACCGACCCUAUUGAAGAGCACAGGAUAUGUGUCUGCGUUAGGAAACGCCCGCUGAAUAAACAAGAACUGGCCAAGAAGGAAAUUGAUGUGAUUUCCGUUCCUAGCAAGUGUCUUGUCUUGGUACAUGAACCCAGAUUAAAAGUGGACUUAACAAAGUAUCUGGAGAACCAAGCAUUCUGCUUUGACUUUGCAUUUGAUGAAACAGUUUCAAAUGAAGUUGUCUACAGAUUCACAGCAAGGCCACUGGUACAGACAAUUUUUGAAGGGGGAAAAGCAACUUGCUUUGCAUAUGGCCAGACAGGAAGUGGCAAGACACAUACUAUGGGUGGAGACCUAGCUGGUAAAGGCCAGAAUGCAUCGAAAGGGAUCUACGCCAUGGCCUCCCGAGAUGUCUUCCUGCUGAAGAAUCAGCCUCGCUACCGAAACCUGGGCCUAGAAGUCUAUGUGACGUUCUUUGAGAUCUACAAUGGAAAGCUGUUCGACUUGCUCAACAAGAAGGCCAAACUGCGUGUGCUGGAAGAUGGCAAGCAACAAGUGCAGGUGGUGGGGCUGCAGGAGCACCUGGUCAACUCCGCUGAUGAUGUCAUCAGGAUGAUCGACAUGGGCAGCACCUGCAGGACCUCUGGGCAGACAUUUGCCAACUCCAACUCCUCCCGGUCCCAUGCCUGCUUCCAGAUUCUUCUUCGAGCCAAAGGGAGAAUGCAUGGCAAAUUCUCUUUGGUGGAUCUGGCAGGGAAUGAGCGAGGUGCUGACACUUCUAGCGCUGACCGGCAGACUCGCAUGGAGGGUGCAGAAAUUAACAAGAGUCUCCUGGCCCUGAAGGAGUGCAUCAGGGCCCUGGGACAGAACAAGGCUCAUACCCCGUUCCGCGAGAGCAAGCUGACGCAGGUGCUCAGGGACUCCUUUAUCGGGGAAAACUCAAGGACUUGCAUGAUUGCCAUGAUCUCACCGGGCAUAAGCUCCUGUGAAUAUACCUUAAACACACUCCGAUAUGCAGACAGGGUCAAGGAACUGAGUCCCCACAGUGGACCCAGUGGAGAGCAGCCAACUCAGAUGGAAACAGAAGAGAUGGAAGCCAGCUCUAAGGGGGCCCGGAUUGCAAGCAACUUCUCCAAUGAAGAGGAGGAACUGUCUUCCCAGAUGUCCAGCUUUAAUGAAGCCAUGACUCAGAUCAGGGAGCUGGAAGAGAGGGCUGUGGAAGAGCUCAAGGAGAUUAUACAGCAAGGACCAGGCUGGCUUGAGCUCUCCGAGAUGACCGAGCAGCCAGACUAUGACCUGGAGACUUUUGUGAACAAAGCGGAAUCUGCCCUGGCCCAGCAAGCCAAGCACUUCUCGGCUCUGCGAGAUGUCAUCAAGGCUUUGCGUGUGGCCAUGCAGCUGGAAGAGCAGGCCAGCAGACAGAUAAGCAACAAGAAACGGCCCCAGUGACAACUGCAAAUAAAAGAUCUGUCUCACACCCUCCUUGGCAAACUUUGGGCACCUGUGGGUUGGCCAGGGUCUGAGCUGGGAUGGGUGUCAGUAAAUGCCAAGUAUGGGGGCGUGGGUCCCAGGGCAGCUGGGGAGGGGUCAGAGUGACACCGGAUGCUACUUUCUGUUUCCUCAGUUGUCCCCCUAAGGGGGCAAGGAAGGAGGACAUCCUAGUUGCUGUGUGUUGCUUGCUGGGGGAGGACUCCCUGGAGACAGAGAAGGAGCUUGGGUUCAGCUCUGCUGACGCUGAUCUGCUUUCCACACUCUUGGUCCAGGCUCUUAUGUCUUCUAACUGAAAAAAAAAAAAGUUUCUGGGACCUCCUCCUUCCUUGCUAUUUUUAAGGCCCGAGAGGAUCCCUGCUGUUUUAUGUGUUUAUUCAUGUGUCUCACAAUAAAGCAAGAAAAAAAAAAAAUCAGCCUUUUGAGUGGUGUAGGAGGAGGGUCUAAGAUGUGUCUGAGCCUCCUGGGACUCAGGACAGGACCGCAGCGUGACCUCUGGGCAGUGCUGGCUCAGUACUACCCCUGCAGUUUCAGUGACAGGCUGAAGCCUCCACUCUGACACGUUCCUGUUUGGUUAGACACUCAGGAGGCUCUGGGGCCCUUUCCUAGAGAAAGGAACUAUAAAAAGGAGAUGCCUUUGUCUAUUGGAGUCUACUCAAGAAUUCUGUGGGAACACUAACAAGAAAGCACUUGACUUGCUGGACAGGCAAGGAUCUGAAGGACCACGCCAAUUUGAUCUCAAAAAAUGAGAAGUUUGCCGAGUUGUCUGAGCCAAGCACAGGGCAGGGACAGUUUACAAACUGGAAGACUCCAUAUUCCAAGUACAGAGUAUGAAGUACUGAGUGGUAAUGAGACCGCUGGUUCCAAGGCUAGGAGCCGUGGAAUCAAGUGCCUGGUCAGGAGGCUUCAAUCAGGGAUAUGGGCAGGGGCGCCACCGCUGAAACUCCAGGGAUCACGGGGGUCAGCGCACCAGGUUCUGGCCCUCAGCCUGAUGCUUCCUUUGUGAAACAAGGACAGUCUACCUCCUGGUGAGAGAAUUACUAGUUCCAGGAGCCAUUACGUUUGAAUUUCUGGAUUGAGAAAUUUGGCCUAGUCAAAAGCUUGACAAAUGACACCAUCUCUGUGACCUUAAAAAACCUUCCAGAAAGAUGGCCCAAGUCCUUGGGCACUUGUACCCGAAGUGGAGACCCGGAAGAAACUCCUGGCUCCUGGCUUUGGCCUGUCCUAGUCCUGGCCAUUUUGGCCAUUUGGGGAGUGAACCAGUGGAUGGAAGAUUCUUUCUCCUUUUCUCUGUAUAUUUCUGCCUUUCAAAUAAAUGAAUAAACCUUAAAUUAAAAAAAAAAAAA